AAAUUUCUCUAACAUUUCUCAACUUUCUUUGUUGACAUUGAAUAAUAUUUCGCACAAAUGGACAUCGAUAGUGAUGUGAACCCUAACUUCAAAUCGUCGAUUAUCCCAGCCACUCGAUCUCAACGUAUCGGAAUAUGGAUCCGACCGCCGAUAAAAAGAGAAAGAAGAGGAGACGCUAUUCUUACGAAGCUACAAAUGUUCAAGACGACUCCAUCGCACCUCUUCCUGGCCAUUUCACUUUUCCUACUAGUUUUUACACUAGACGGGAGCCCGUUAUUGAUGAUGCGGUUACUCGAUCGCGUUCUCUAAUCGAAGAACCUAGGAUUGGAGAAGUAGUUAAGCGAUUCUAUGAUGAAAUAUGGCCAAAAAUGGAACAUGAUUUUCGUCAACAGGUGUCCAAAGAAAUAGAGAGGAUGGUACACUCUGCCAUUCACUCGGCUUUUUCACCAUCACUAAGCAUACAACAAGGGUGUGAACAAGAGGAAAUACUUAAGCCAUCUAAAACAUUGAAGUUCAAAUUAUGUUUUCUCAAUUCAUUUCCCUCUGUCAUUUUCACCAACAACGAGGUAAAAUCUGAAGAUGGCGAGCCAUUGAAAGUUGCAAUUUGUGAUGCCACCAACUCCAACUCUAUUGUCUCGACUGGUCCUUUAUCAUCUGCCCAAGUCGAGUUGUGCAUCCUCCCCGGCGAGUUUGAUUCUAGCAAUCGACGAGAUGAAGAAACACCAUGGACAUCGAGUUAUUUCAACAAAAGCAUCUUGACCCCAAGAGAUGGGAAACGACCUUUGAUCAUUGGUGAUGAUCGCCAAGUUUACCUAAAAGAUGGAGUUAGGUUGAUCAACAAUUUGAUCAUCACUGACAAUUCAAGUUGGAUGAAAUCAAAGAAGUUUCGAUUGGGGGUAAAAAUUAAAGAUGAAAGAGUUCUAGCCGAGUUUGUUAGAAUUGGAGAAGCUAUAUCCGAACCUUUUAGAGUCAUGGAUCAACGGGGGGAAGUGAACCAAAAGCAUCACCCUCCACGUUGGGAAGAUGAAGUAUGGCGAUUGGAAGGGAUAGCCAAAGAUGGUAUCUAUCACAAAAACUUAUCUUCCAAAGGCAUAAGGACUGUGGGGGAUUUCUUGAAGGCUUAUCAUCAAAAUGAUCCCGACACUUUGAGGAUGAUGCUGGGAAAGCGAGUGUUAGACAAGACAUGGAAGAUGAUGGUUCAAAAUGCUUGCGAGUGUGUUGAGGAUACAUUUGAUAAUAAUCAAGUCUUUCAGCCCAAUAGUUUCUUGGAAUUUAAUCAAGUCUUGGAUGAAACUUUCGAAGGAAACUUUGAAUUGAUGCCAAUUGAAUGGACUUGACGUUAAUGAAGAAACAUUUCACCAUGUUCAAGGGGUUCUUCAUAAUCGUCUUCAAUGAUUUCCCAAAGAUCUUGAGAAGUUAUAAAAAUGGUAUCCGUUUGACUAUGCCAAUAUAUUCAUGAUGCUCUCCAUUGAAGAAAAGAACUUAAUUUGUUGGAACUGAUAACAAGUUUAGAACAUAAUUGGGGUUCAUUUGAGAAAUGGUUCUCCAUUACCGAAUUUGUUAAAGGUAAUUGAUAAUGAUGGAGAAUUGAGCUAGAGUUUAGAAGGGAGAGAGAAUUAUGGAGAAAAUUCUCCUGUUGAGCGUUCUGACACUGAUGCUCUGGAGAGCAUUUUUAGUUUCUUGCUAACAAGGGUAGAUAAUACCACUACUUAUAUGUAUACAUUUUUUUUACAUUAGCUAGGAAAUGGCGAUCAUUUUCAUCAUUGGUAGAAGGCCUUUUUUUUGGGCAAAUCCAAAAGCAAAUUUAUGAAAACUUUGUCCCAAAUAAUAAAUAUGAUAUCGUAGAGAUAAUAGAACGAGUUUGUGUAGUUCUUUUACAUCUUCUACUUCUCCAUGCACUCUCUCCUUUCCUUCUAUUCUAUGCAUAAUGGAUCAAGAUGAAUGCAUAGAAACUUUGAGAACACCUUUUAUCUUCCAACAAUUUUUAGGUUGAGAUUAAGAACUUUCUGGGAGGUGUGGAGGAAAAAUAAACUUAUGUUCAUGCAGCUUUUAAUUGGUUAGCUACAUCAUAUGCAAGUGACAAGAAAAAUAUAUAGCAAUUCUUGGUAUUUUAAUUUUUUCCUAGUCGAUAUGACAAAAGAACAAAACCAUAUAUCUCUCCCCUUUCAAAGUGAUUAUUUUUAGCCUAACAGUAAUAUUGGCACUUAGAGGUUAGAGGUUUGAUCACUUUCAUUACCACCAUCAUUAUAUUAAGAAAAACAUAAGAUUGAUUUUGAAAAAAAUAUACAAUAAUUAGAGCUUUGAAAGUUGAAAGUAUGAAAUAAUAAUGUGUAUUUCCAAAAUCUCAGGACUACAAUGUUGAGUUUGAAAAGUCAGAACUGAUAAGCCUUGAAAAGCCAAAACUCAAGGAGUUAUAUGGCUUAAGCUCAAAUGUUGCCCAAGAAGUAUGUUCAUUUAUAUAUAUAUAUUUUAUUUUUUAAUAUGUAGCUGAAGCUUCAAACAUUUGUGUGAAGUGGAUGAUGGAAUCCAAUUUGUAUGAUCAACUCUUUUUUAACACAUAAUGAUCAAUGUAAAACUUGUAUGAUUGAUUUAUAUAUGCAAGUAAUGUUCUACCACUA